UUUCCCACAUUUGUUUCUUCCCGGGGUUGAGCCGCGGUGCCUGUUGGUUUGGUGGAGCCAGGAUCUGGAUUAGUUGGGGAUCGGGAUCAGCCCGGGAUGGAUCCCAGGCGGAGUUCCCGGGAAAGUUAGUGUGUUUGAGCCGGGAGUGUGUGCACCAUGUGGCCGCUGUACCUGCUGAUCGCCGCCGUGGAAAGCCAGCUCUUGCCUGGGAACAACUUCACGAACGAGUGCAACAUUCCUGGGAACUUCAUCUGCAGCAAUGGCAAGUGCAUUCCUGGCGCCUGGCAGUGUGAUGGCCUGCCGGACUGCUUUGACAAGAGCGAUGAAAAGGAAUGCCCCAAAGUCAAAUCCAAGUGCGCACCAACCUUCUUUCCCUGCGCCAGUGGUGUCCAUUGUAUCAUUGGGCGUUUCCGUUGUAAUGGGUUUGAGGAUUGUCCAGAUGGCAGUGAUGAGGAAAACUGCACAGCAAACCCCCUUCUAUGCUCGACAGCCCGUUUCCACUGUAAGAAUGGGAGAUGUAUCGACAAAAGCUUCCUGUGUGAUGGAGUGAAUAACUGCCAAGACAGUAGCGAUGAGGACAACUGUGACAUCUCUCCAGAAGACAGCCUGGAUGGAGAUCGCGAGUAUGUCACGUCUGAUAUCCGCUUCCCAUACUACCCGAGUGUCAUCUUUGCCAUCAUAGGCAGCUCAGUGGUCUUCAUCCUGCUGGUGGCACUUCUUGCCAUGAUGCUUCACCAUCACCGUAAGAGAAACAACCUGAUUGGUCAUGUAACGCCACCCCUGCACCGCCUGCAGCACCCGCUGCUCCUAUCAAGGCUGGUCAUACUGGACCGCAACCACCACUGCAGUGUCACCUACAGCACCGGCAAUGGCAUCCAGCUCACACCCAGUUCCAUGUACCACCAGCCACUGGCAAUGGAGGAGGUGCCACCCUCGUACUCUGAGGCUGUGCUGGAACACAGGCCACCGUGGUUUGACCUCCCCCCUCCUCCGUACCCGCCAGACUCUGAGAUCCCCAACCAUCCGGAGCUGCCUCCUUAUCGCUCUCGAGUGGGGAGCACGCUGAGCUGUGGACACCAAGCUAACCUCCAGGAGAAUGCCGAAAUGAGAGACUGCCUGCUCAACACCAGCUUAGAGGAGGGGCCCUGAGCAAAGCCACAGUGACCAAGUGGCACAGCAGCUGUGUUCUUGCACUAGUUAUUAUUUAAAGAGACUUGGAUUGAAGGAUUUAACUUGAGAAGCAAAACCAAUAAUUCACACACUUUAACCUUGGUUCGUCUUUUUUGCUGCGAAGACACAACUGCGGCAUCCAGCCGAGUGAUCCUGAGGAAUAAAAUCCAGUUGUUUCACUGAUGUCUGACCCAGGAAACUUGCUGUUUGUUGACAGUGGCUAAUCCUUCUCAGAUGGCCAGUUGGAGUCACUGUGCAGACUUCCCUGUGGGGUAACCAGGAAGCUGGACUGCAAAUCUAAACAGGAAAUACCCAGAGAACUGGAGAGGUGAAUGAUCUCGGAUGAGCUCCUGGUGUAAAUGCACUCACCCACAGCAACUGAUAAAAAAAAAUUUCGUGAAUCACUGGAGAGUUUCAAACAAAAGACCUGGACAUAAUAGAAAGGAGCAGCAUCUGUUGAUUUUAUGACUGCAUUGCUAAGUGUAAAUUCUGCAUUUCAGGAUCUAGACAGCAUAUAUUCUUACACUUCUGCUCUUGAUGUUCAAAUAGAACAAAGUCACUGUUUAUCCCAUGGGGCAGCUGCCUGUAUCUCUUCCUUUUCACUCUUCCCCUUCCUGAAGCUGACACACAGCUUGCUGGUGUUUUCCCCUUUAGCAGAAUGUGUCCUGAAGUCACUUCAUCGUUCACAAUCCUGGCCUCAUAUGGUGUGUCAUAUGACGAGUGGAGAAACUCACUUGCAUUGUCAUUUCCCUGCCAGGGAAAUGAACUCAAAGCCAUGAAUGUGCCUUUUCAACUGCACAUGUCCCACAAAAUCUCAGGGCCACCUACCACCUUAACUGAAAGCAAGAAAGAGAGGAAACAGGAUAUGCCAGAGGUCUGUGUUGCAGCACCUGUUUCUAUAAGUUAGACAAGGGUGUAAGGCAAGGCGACAGAUCUUGACAAUAAUGAUGUAAGGCUUCAAGAUGCAGGUUUUCAGGUGAAAGCUUACAAGUGGGCAUCGCUGUCCUGUGCAGCGAUGCUGAGUUAACUUUUGGAGCUCACAUAAACAAAGUCCAACAACAUCUCACUGUUUCAAAUUUCAAUCAUAUUGCUACAUCAGGAAGGACCUAAUGACAAAAAUAAAAGCAGCUAUUCCAAAGCCAAAACAACGCACAUCUGAUCGAGGGUUUCCCUUCAUUUUCAAACACUGACCUGUUUUAAGGUGCGUUUCCAAUGGGUUUUGUUUGUAUUCCAAGAUUCACUCCUCUGUUGCAGAAAUCUUGAUAUCGUCCCAUUGUGUGAAUGUUACAUUUAUAACUGUGCAAAUUCCCUCCAGACAAAGCAAUGUUGUUUGAUUCAAUUAUUUAUGUUCAUAAAGUGUUAAAUGUGGAUCGUGUUUCACAUGUGGACAGAACCGUAAACCCAUUUACCCAAAACAAAGAUGUGCUCAUCAUUUCACAGGUAUAUGAAUAGGAAGGUUUUAAGGGGGAUAUGGACCAAAUGCUGGCAAAUGGGACUAGAGUAAUUUAGGGUAUCUGGUUGGACUGAAGGGUCUGUUUCCAUGCUGUACAUUUCUAUGACUGUGUAAGGGGAACCUGUCCAACACUUUAUCUUUCAAUAUCAGCAGACUUUUGCCAAGUCAAACAUUCAUGAUGUAGGUACACAAAGAUAAACAACACAAAUUUAUUAAAGGAAUUCCACUCUACCAAAGACCCUGCAAUUGCAUAGGAUUCCACUUACCAAGCUUCUGUCACAUGCACAAAGAUUUCCUGUACCCAAUAUACCUUCCCAAUGAACUAUAACGAAGUGUUAGCAUCUCAGGAAUUUGCAUUCUGCCAACUCACUCCCCAUUUGAUAGAAUACCACUGUAAAAUGUAUCAAAUUUUGUAGAAUUCUUGCCGUAACAAACUGUUUCCAUUGUCCACUCAUUGACUACCAGGCCCCAUUGCAUUUCAUACGAUGCUACAGGAUUAAGCCCCCUACUGGUGUAGAUUUACAUUGUCACAAUCCCACUCCCAUUAUUUAGAAUUCCAUAUUAUAACGCCCAUUUGAUUAUAUUCUACAACAAGCCUCGUACAUUCUCUUGAAUUCCACUGUAAUAAACCUCUCUCGUGUUCAUUCUUUA